GUCGAUCCGGUCUCUUCGGGGCAGACCGCUUGGGAAGCCCUCUCGCUUCCAGCCGUCCCCUGGGAUCAGAUAAAUGUACUCCAAUCUCAGCAAAGAAAGAGUUCUGGGGUAAUGGAAAGACCUGUUGGAGAACUCCCUAAGAUUUGCCUACAGGAAGACAACGAAAAGGCUGUUGCAGCCUGCACUAUCUCCUCCACUUUGUGCUUGAACAAUGUAGAAAAAAUGCAGGCAGACAUGCUGGAGAAGGCCAGGGAGCUUUUCCAGCUCUGUGACAAAGAAGAGAAGGGCUUUAUAACCAAGUUUGACAUGCAGAGGCUGCAAAGUGAACUGCCCCUGACUACUGAACAGCUGGAGGCGGUUUUUGACAGCCUAGAGCAAGACAAUAAUGGGUAUCUCACGCCAGUUGAAUUCAGCAUGGGACUAGGGAAGUUAAUAGGAAUUGAGCAGUACCAGAGCUCUAGAAGCCUUAAACAUGAGGAGACAUUUGAGUCAGGCUGGUCUGAUGACUUGGACCAGACAGAUGAGGAGGAGAAACGGUUUUGUUCCAUGAUGGAGCAGCUGGAAGCAUCCCAGGUUUUUGAAGAUCACAGUGAUGUUCAGGAGCUUUGGGCUCGACUCCAGAAAGAACAGCCAGACCUCCUGACCAGUUUUGAAGAGUUCCUGUUCCGCAUCUCUUCUUACAUCAAAGAAGUGCACCAUGAGAAGGAAUCCAUGGAACAGGCACUGAAACGGAGGGAGACAGACCAUGACAGAGAAGUCAGCUGUCUUUAUGAAGAAAUGGAACAACAAAUUAAAGCAGAAAGGGAACGGCUGCUUUGCCAGGUAAACUCUUCUUUCACCCUCAAGACUCCAGAGUUGGGCAUUUAGCUCAAUUGCUAAAUCAAUGAGCCACAUCUUUGAUUACUCCUACAAUCCCUUCCCCCCAGGUGCCAGAUUGUAUUUUUUAUGUGGGGCAUUAGAGGGAGAAAUGGAAACCUCUUCCUCUGCUCUUUACAGGAGUCGAUGAGGCAUGACAGGAGCAACCUGUUGCAGAAAGAGCUGCAGAGCAAAGAGCAAGAAUUUGAGAAAAUCCUCUACCGGCAAAAAAAGUUAGAACAUCAGUUACAGUCUAUCAAUUCUGAACAGCUGGAGAUGCGGGUACAAAAUGAGAGACUGCGGCAUUUAAAUGAAAAUCUCCUGGACCAACUGGAGAGAAGCAAAUGGGAGCUGGAAGUUGCCCGGGGACACCUGGAGCAACUGCAGAAGGAAGCCGAGCUAGAACAGCAGCAGAAGGACAGGGAUGUAUUUCGGGUCUCUAAGAACAUGCAGAAAGAGAAACAAAGCCUCCUGCGACAGCUGGAGCUGCUCAGGGAUAUGAACAAGAAGCUGCGAGAUGAGAGAGAUGCCUUUGAAACCAAGAAGCUGACAGCACUUCUGAACAAAAGACCCCUAUUGAAGAAGGGGUCAGUGAUAGGCAGUUACCUAGUGGAGGAAGAGAAACCAGUUAAACGGCAGCCUGUCUCUGGAGGUAUUCCUCUUCUUCUACCAGAAGAUGCAACUUUGGAAGAGCCUAACAAGAAGAACCUUAAAUUCCUCUUGGUCAACAUGACCCAUUUGAAGAAAGGAAGAGGAAGUAAUCCAUGCAUGGUGGAACAUGCAGCCUCUAGGAAAGCAACUGCAGGAUAUUGUUGGACACCAAAUUCUCUGAAGGACAAUAUACACUGGAAAGAAAUGACGCACAAUCCUAUGGAUACUUGUUUAUAUCCAAGAGGACAGCUCCUUAACAAUGAAACUAGGGUGCAUGAAACCAGCGGCUUUUCUCUUGAACGUGUCUUCAAAGUUGUGUUUCUUGGUAACUCUGGAGUUGGCAAGAGCUCCUUUAUCCAUCGUUUCUGCUACAACAGAUUUCUAGCUAACAUCAACACAACCAUUGGCAUUGACUACCAGGUGAAGAGUUUGAUGGUUGAUAACACACAGGUGGUUUUACAGUUGUGGGAUACAGCUGGACAGGAGAGGUUCCGAAGUAUCACGAAGCAGUAUUUCCGAAAUGUGGAUGGCAUCCUGGUUAUGUAUGACAUUACUGCAGAGUGCUCUUUCAUGGCAGUCCGAAACUGGAUGAUGUGCGUCCAGGAUCGGAUUGAAGAUGGUGCAGUGGUAUUUCUGCUUGGAAACAAAAUGGAUGCAGCAGACAAGAAGUCACCAAAUGUGUUCAGGUCUGAGGGGGAAAAGCUAGCGAAGGAAUACCAGGUUGUCUUCUAUGAGUGCAGUGCAAUGACUGGCUAUAACAUUCUGGAAUCUAUGCUGCAUAUGGCCAGACUGCUGACAGCACACGAGGACAGGCAGAGAGAACAGGCCUGGCACCUGGAGGAGUUCAGCAAGAGAAAGGGAUGCUGUUGGUAACAGAAUGUUGGCAGACCUUCAGAAAUAUAUUGGAAGAGACCCUAAAAGAGAGUUAGAGUGGAUUCCUUCCACACAAGUUAAGAACCACUGGUAUUGGCAGUAUUGGAACUGGAAGAAGACUUAUGAUCCUCCUCUGCAACAUAAGCGAAUGUUGCAUUAAAGUGUCAUGUCAUUCAUAGUUGUAAAUGGCCCAAGCUGUCUCUACAUUGUUUCAUGUUAAUAGCUCAGGGAGGUAGCAGCGUCAGUUUCUCUGUAAAAUUGUAAACUUUUUCUUUUUGGAAGGUCUCAAAAAGAUACU